AUGCCAGGCCUCGUUACAGCCAGCGGAGUGUUGGCUUUUCUCACUGACGAGGAGCCCGAGCUCAAGGUCUUCGCCCUCAAGACUCUCAACGACGACAUCGACACUGUUUGGACCGAGGUUGCCAGUUCGUUGAGUCAAAUUGAGGCCCUUUACGAGGACGAGUCCUUCCCCGAGCGUCGCCUCGCUGCCCUUGUUUUGGCCAAGGUUUAUUUCCAUCUCCAGGCUUAUAAUGAGAGCAUGACUUUUGCCUUGGCCGCCGGGCCCCUGUUCAACUUCGAUGCUCCUGGCGAGUUCGAGGAGACUAUCCUCUCCAAGUGCGUCGAUCAGUACAUUGCCGUCUCGUCGGCCCGCCAUGUCCCUUCGAAACAGAGCAAGGCCAACAUCUCUCUAGAAACCACCUUUGGCACUGGCUCCAUCGACGGCUCUGCCUUGAUCUCGCCAACCACGCCCUUCUCCCAGUCGACCUUGCCACCCAAGUCUUUCCUCUCGCGUGCCUCGACCGACAACACUAUCCUGGACCCCACUUUCCAGCCAACCAAGGAGGGGCGCUCCAACUCGGUCGUCCAAAUCACCGACAGCAGCACCCAAAAAGCCCUUCAAAAUGUUAUCGAGCGUCUCUUUGAGAGCUGCUUGAAGCAGGGAAAAUACAGACAGGUUGUUGGUAUCGCUGUGGAGGCCAAGAACCUCGAGGUUCUCCGGAGGGUCAUCAAGCGGGCCAGCGAGGAGGGCAAGCAGUCCAAGGAUAGCACACAGAGCCCAGCCGAGGAGCUCAUGGACUAUCUUCUCAAGAUCUCCAUGGACAUUGUCCAGGAGCGUGGCCUGAGAACCGAGAUCCUGCGCCUGAUCCUGGAUCUUCUUAGCGAGAUCCCUAACCCAGACUAUUUUGCCAUCGCCAAGUGUGUGGUUCACCUUGACUCGGACGAGGAGGCCGACAAGAUGAUUAGGCAACUAGUAACCAAGGGCGACCCGAAUUCGAUUGCUAUUGCUUAUCAAAUCGCAUUUGAUCUUUACGACAACGCUACGCAGGAGUUCUUGGGCAAGGUGCUCAAGUCUCUUCCGUCCGGCAGAGCGCCCGAGCCCCCAGCGACUGCGACCGAGGAUGGCCCCGCCGAAGAAGAGGCUCUACUCGAGAGCCAAGAAGGCUCGGAAGAGGAGCAACUCCCCGAGGAGACGGCCAAGGUUUACAGGAAUAUUCGUUCUAUCCUCGAUGGCAGCAAGGCGAUCAAGCUCAACCUCGAAUUCCUCUAUCGCAAUAACCACACAGACAUCACCAUUCUGAACAAGGUCCGGGACAGCCUGGAAGGUCGUAACUCCAUCUUCCACACGGCUGUGACUUUCUGCAAUGCUUUCAUGAAUGCCGGCACCACCAACGACAAAUUCUUCCGUGACAACCUGGACUGGCUUGGCAAGGCCAUCAACUGGUCCAAGUUCACUGCUACGGCUGCUCUCGGUGUCAUUCACCGCGGCAACAUCACCCAGUCUCGCAAGCUGCUGGAGCCCUAUCUUCCUAAGCAGACUGGAGUCAGCAGCGGUGGCUCCAUCUUUAGCCAGGGCGGCGCUCUUUACGCCUAUGGUCUCAUCCACGCCAACCAUGGCGCUGAUGCUCUUGAAUAUCUGCGUGGCCAGUUCAACGGUGCCGAGGAAGAAGUCAUCCAGCACGGCGGUGCCUUGGGUCUUGGCAUCGCUGGCAUGGCCACGGGUGACGAGCAGAUCUUUGAGGAUCUUACCAAGGUCCUGUUUGCCGAUUCUGCCCUCAACGGUGAGGCUGUUGGGUUGGCCAUGGGCUUGAUCAUGUUGGGCACCGGAAACGCCAAGGCCGUGGAGACCAUGUUUACCUAUGCCCACGAAACCACCCACGAGAAGAUUGUCCGCGGUCUUGCUCUAGGCAUGGCCCUCAUCAUGUUUGGGCAACAGGAAAAUGCCGAUGUCAUGAUUGAGGGCCUUCUUGCCGACCCCGACCCGACGCUGCGCUAUGGAGGUGUGCUCACGGUUGCCAUGGCCUACUGCGGUACUGGAAGCAACAAGGCCAUUCGCAAGCUCCUUCACCUUGCUGUCAGCGACGUGAACGACGAUGUGCGCCGUAUCGCCGUCAUGUCUCUUGGUUUCAUCCUCUUCCGCAAGCCCGGAAGUGUUCCCCGGAUGGUGGAGCUCCUUGCUGAAUCCUACAACCCUCACGUCCGGUACGGCUCCGCCAUGGCUCUGGGUAUCUCAUGCGCCGGCACCGGUCUGGAUGAGGCCAUUGACCUGCUCGAGCCCAUGAUGAAGGAUCCUACCGACUUUGUCCGCCAGGGCGCCCUGAUCGCCCUGUCCAUGAUCAUGAUUCAGCAGAACGAGGUCAUGAACCCCAAGGUUGCCGCCAUCAGAAAGACUCUCAAGAAGGUUGUUGGCGAUCGUCAUGAGGAUGCCAUGACCAAGUUUGGUGCCGCCGUUGCUAUGGGUAUUCUGGAUGCUGGCGGCCGCAACUGCUCGGUUGGUCUCCAGACCCAGACUGGCAACCUCAACAUGCCCGGCAUUGUUGGCAUGGCCGUCUUCACGCAGUACUGGUACUGGUUCCCCUUCACCCACUUCCUGUCGCUGAGCUUCGUGCCCACCUCCAUCAUCGGACUUGAUCACGACCUCGAGAUCCCCAGCUUCAAAUUUCACUGCAACACUCGCCCGAGCCUGUUUGACUAUCCCCCAGAGCAAGAAGUCAAGACCGAGGAGGGGCCGGCGCUCAUUGCAACUGCCAUCUUGUCCACCACGGCACAGGCCAAGCGUCGCGCUCAGAAGAAGGAGCGUGCCCAGCGUCGUGAGAGCAUGGAUAUUGAUACUCCUACCCUUGCCAAGACUCCUGCCCCCGCCGCUGGAGACAAGAUGGAUGUGGACGAGGACAAGAAGGCCAAGACGGAGGAGCCCAAGGACAAGAAGGAGGAGACCGGAGCUGAGAGAGAAGGCUCGGUCGACUCCAAGAAGAAGGCGGAGAAGGAGAAGGUUGGCUACGAGGUUGAGAAUAUGUCUCGUGUUCUUCCAGGCCAGUUCAAGUACAUCAGCUUCCCGACGGGACGUUACAAGCCCGUCAAGAAGCCUACCGGUGGCCCCCUCUUGCUCCACGACACGCAGCCUGACGAGCCCAAGACGUUGAUUGAGGAGAAGCUGAAGAAGGUGACGACCGAGAGAGCUCCCGUGGUUGGCGCGCAGGCCGGGCGAGGUGGUGCCCAGACGUCAGCCACGCAAUUGCUGCAGAGCAUGGAGGCUGCCCGUAGCCGGGCGGGAUUGGGCAGCGAACUUAACGAGAUUCUCCGCCUUUCUGCCCAGGCUGCUCGGGAGAUACCGCAGGGACGUUCUUCCUCGACUGCUGAUGGCGACGGAAGCGGAGCGGCGGCGGCUGCGGGUGUGUUGACGGCUGUUGAUGAGGACAAUGAGGGUGAUGAGGAGGCGCCCAAGCCCGCGGACUUUGAGUACUUUACCGAUGCCGAGGAUGAGGAGUAG